AAUAUAAAAGAUUUUUGUGAUAAGUUCGAUAAUAUAAGAUAAUCUCAUAAAUAGUUAUUAACAAAAAUAAGACCAUUUACUUUAAAAAAAAUUAGGUAGUGUAUCAAAGACUUGAAGUUACCGAGAUCUUGAGGGUUCUCUCUGACUCACUUUCUCUGGUUUCCUCUUAAUUUAACACUCGACAUAGAAUGGCAUCCAACAGGGGUCAAGGUGGAAUUCAACAGUUGUUGUCUGCUGAACAAGAAGCACAACAGAUUGUGAAUGCUGCAAAAAACGAAAAAUUGGCUAGGCUGAAACAGGCGAAAGAAGAGGCUGAAAAGGAGAUUGCUGAACAUCGAACUCAUUUGGACAGCCAGUUUCAAAAGAAAGUAUCAGCGAGCAGUGGAGAUUCAGGUGCUAAUGUCAAGCGACUUGAGCAAGAGACUGAUAUAAAGAUCCAUCAAUUGAAAACCGAGGCUGGUAGAAUUUCGGGGGAUGUUGUUGACAUGCUUCUCAAGUAUGUAACAACCGUGAAGAACUAGAAUCCUUGAUGAUGAUAUAUAUUGGUCCUGCAAGCUCUCAAGCUAUGCGGAACAUUGUCUUGCGUUUAUAGAUGACUCUAGAUUCUGGUGCAAAUAAGAUUCUUGUUUUGGUUAUAUUGUUUGGUGUUUUUCUGCCAUAUAUUCAAAAUUAUAACAAUGUUCCUUAAAUAAACAGUUUAGAGUUCAUAGACAUGCUGUAGGUAUCAUCGUUUCAACAGAAGUGUGUGAGGAUCAUUAUGACAGUGUGUAUUGAUUAUUGCCGGAAUUAAUGGUUUAUUCUUUUAUAAACACCAUCAUAAGAA